AUGUUGAGCCGCUUGCGUUCCAUCUUGCAAUCAUUCAUAUCCGUUUCUCGUUCUCAGGCCUUGCAAAACGGUCGCGGUGUAAGCUCUGUGACGAUGUCAGGUGGGAACCCAGAAAUCGCGACGUUUGCCGCGGGGUGCUUCUGGGGCGUCGAGCACAUAUUCUUGAAGUACUAUCCCAUUGCGGAGCAGAAGGGCAUCCUCAAAACCGCCGUGGGCUACACCGGUGGGAAGGAUGAUGCCAAGGACCCUAACUACCGACAAGUCUGCACAGGCACCACAGAUCACGCGGAGUCGUUGAGGAUUGAAUUCGAUCCGAAUGUGGUGGAGUACGACGAACUGGUUGAGUUCUUCUACCGUACUCACGACCCAACGACCGUGAACAGCCAGGGCGCUGAUCAAGGAACCCAGUACCGCUCUGCGAUCUUCUACCAUUCCCCCGAGCAAUUUGACAUCGCCAAACGAGUUACGGAAGAGGUACAGAAGAAGCAUUUUGACCCCAUCGGAAAGAAGAUCGUUACCCAGAUUGUCCCGGCAGGCCCAUGGUACGACGCUGAAGAAUACCACCAGGAAUAUCUGCAUAAGAACCCGUCCGGCUACCAGUGCCCCACUCACCAUCUGCAUUGGUAA